AUGAAUAAGGCACCCUGUCCUUUCGCGUGUCCAAGGAUCUCUGUGCGCAAGCUUGGAUUUACUCCUCGCAAUCUGAACUUGGAUGUGGACAAAACGAAAAACUUUCCCGAAUUGGGUUCCGUGUUCAAGGGGCACCAUGUGAAAGUCAUACUGUGGUACUUGACAGUCAAAAGCAUCGAGUUUGCUGAAACCACAGGUGCACCGGUUCUCCAAGCAGGAGCUUGCUGCAUUUGGUCCUUGCAAACGGCCAUUGACAAGCUGGACCAUUCCGAGAUCAUUUUGAACGAGGAAGACAGUCAAUACGUUUGUGAGUAUUUUCAAGCUUUCCUCUUGCACUGGCAAGGGCUGUUUCAAACCUACUCGGACAUGGGGGUGUGCAGGUGGAAGUUGCGUCCAAAGCACCAUUAUUUCGAAGAAAUGAUGUUGCAAGUGCAACGCACUAGGAUUAAUCCACGGCACCUUUCGUGCUGGCAAGACGAAAGUUUUUUGGGACACAUAAAGAAAAUUGCUAUUCAUUGCCAUUCGAGCAGUGUGUUGCUGAGAAUCUUCCAAAGGUUGAUGAUCAAUCUCAGCAACAGGUUUGAGAAAACAAGGAAGCUGACACAAGAAGUGGAGCUACUUGGGUGCCCAAAACAAGCCCCAAGUUGGAAAUUUGACCAAUUGCCGCUGUGA